AUCCCUUAUACCUUUCAUCAUCGUUCUUCCCAGCAUAGACAUACUCGCAAUCCUCCACGCAAACAACACUAUAAUCAGACAAAAAGAUCUAAACUUAUCCACCAUUACUCCUCAUUUCAUUAAUUCCCACAAAACUUUUGCAAUUUAUUUCAUUUCUGCAUUCGUUUUUUUUUUUUAAACAAAUAAUAAUGGCGUCACCGAGAAACCCACGGGUGGUGGUGGAAUCUGAGCAUCCGCCGACGGUGAUUACGCACCAGCCAGCUUCCCCUCGCUUCCCUCCCGGCACACCCACCUCCCGGGCCCACCGGAAGAUCGCCAUCGCAGUCGAUCUCAGCGAUGAGAGCGCUCACGCCGUGAAGUGGGCGGUCCAAAAUUAUCUCCGUCCAGGGGACGCCGUCAUCCUCCUCCACGUCCGCCCUACCUCCGUCCUCUACGGCGCUGAUUGGGGCGCCAUCGAUCUCUCCAUCGACACCGAGGCCGCCUCCGCCGGCGACGAGGAAGCUCAACAGAAGGUCGAGGACGACUUCGACAAUUUCACCACUACUAAGGCCAACGAUGUGGCGCAGCCGCUGGUGGAUGCGAAUAUUCCGUUCAAGAUCCAUAUUGUGAAGGACCACGACAUGAAGGAGAGGCUGUGCUUGGAAGUGGAGAGGCUGGGGUUGAGCACCAUGAUCAUGGGAAGCCGAGGAUUCGGCGCUUCUAGGCGCAACACCAAAGGCCGGCUGGGGAGCGUUAGCGAUUACUGCGUCCACCACUGCGUUUGCCCUGUUGUGGUGGUGAGAUAUCCCGAUGAGAAAGAUGGCCGUGCAGCCUCCGGCGGCGGUUCAGCCAAAGCUGCGGCCAAGGACACUUUAGGGCUUCACCCUGUCCCAGAGGAAGAGCCCAUAUAUCAUGAUGCCUCCGACAAGGCUACAGACAAAUAACAUCAGACUAUAUACAUACAUCACACGAUGCAGAUGCGUAGAUGGCUUCUUCAGCAAAUAGAUGCUAAAGAUGAGAUGUUUGGAAACAUAUGAAAUGAUGUCAGCUGGUUGUGGACCUAUGCCUCAUCAAAGAAACGGAUUUGGUGGUGUUGAGAGCUUUUGUUGUGCUAGCUUCUGGUUUGUACGCAUUGUUUCAGGUCCAUAAAAUCUGGAUUGAUUGGUAAAGUCGAUUGAGCAUCUUUGCUCUGGUUUAGGUCUUUAAACAGGCUCCGCUGCUUUUCAUGUACGGUACCCUUCAAGUUUGGUUGCAUUCAACACGAUAAAUCUUGAAAUGCUUCUCCUAAAUA